GCCGGACGGUGUAACGUCCACGGCGUAUUGAAGGCCAAGCCAGUUGGAAUGUUGCUCGGUUUCCAUGGCAUUUGUUUCCAACGGCCACCCAACCUCCUCCCAGCCACCAAGAUACCAGCCAUCUCUAUGCCCACCAACAUAUUAAAGCAGUCAUCAGCAGGCUAGCAUGCAGACCCACUUGAUCAUACACUCCAACCAAGCUAAGUUUUCAGAUUUGAAUCUCUGCCCUGCCUCUUCUGUCCUCUUCGUCGUCUCCCGCACGAUCAACCCACCCACCCUCAAGACUUCCCUCCGCUUUUCUUCUCUCUCACUCCAAACCACACCCUUCAUCACACUCCCCAAAGAGUAAUAAUGCGUUCGGUCGCACUUGCUUUUGCAUGCCUUGCUACUGGCAUCCAUGCUCUCCCAAGACCUGCAGUGAGUUAUGCAGUGGUCAACGUCGACGGCGGUUCUGCACCGACAAGCACUGCGGCAGCACAAACAACCGUAGUAUCUACUGUUGUAGAGUCAGAGGCACCUACGACUGUAUCGCAGACUGUAUACAAGACUGUGACCGAGUCGUCACUCGCACCCACCACAGUGUCAGUCAAGACUGUGACUGAAGUGUCGACUGCUGUUCCCACAACAUCGAGCCUUCGCUCCACAGCGUCCUCGACACCAGUACAACCUUCGAAAUCUGCCUUGUCGCUAUCAUCCUCUCCACCAUCCUCGACAUCACAAUCAUCAUCACCAUCAUCUUCUCCAUCUUCGCCAUCUUCGCAAGCGUCGCCUUCAGCAACAGCGAUAUCCUCAGCGACACCAUCUUCGUCAACAUCUUCAGAGAUUCAGUCCUCAACAAAGUCAACCCUACCAUCUGGACAAGAUUCAGCGACCCAUACAGUCAAGAGCAGCACAGCAACGAGCCAUGUCUUGUCGACAGGUAGCAUGACGGCGACGCCACAAGUAUCGAUCAACUCUGUGGUGUACGAAGUGACCGGAGGAGCACUCAGCACAGAUUAUGUCACAGUGACUCUAUCUGGCGGCGCUCAGACGACAAGUUCGGCGAGCAGCACCAGCAUGGCAUGGUCGUCGUCCGAAGCACCGGUGUCGACAUUGGUCGUGGUGCAGACGCAGACAGUGGUUCCUGCAGCAGCAACAUCCACAAAGUCAGAAUCAUAUUACGACAAUGGGAUGUGGCAUACGUCGUACGUGAUCAAGAACUACCCUACUCUGGCACCAAGCGCAGCAGGACAUCACUGGAACGGUACCUCGCAUUAGGUCGAGGUUCUAGGGAAAAGAGAUGGAACAGACAGCAGGGAGC